GCAAGAUUUCUUUUAAAGCUAAAGGCUCACUGGCUGCGACAUUCUUAAAUAUUAACCGCUUGUGCGGUUGUUAAACUUCCAUAUAAAAAUACUACAUAAUCUGUUUCUUAAGCAUAAUUAAAAGGUAGCACUCCGAUCUUUCGCUAUUGCAGAAAACAUAUCAAUUUAUCGAUAUCGAGCGGUUGAAGCUCUCCAGACCACGGCAAUCUGAUGUCAGCGGAUGCAAGUUAUCAGCCAUUCAAUAAAGUGAAACAUUCCCGAUCGCCAUGGCCGGUUCGAACCUGUUGAUUCAUCUGGACACCAUCGAUCAGAACGAUCUGAUCUACGCGGAACGUGACAUGAACUUCGCCCAAAAGGUCAGCCUUUGCUUUCUGCUUUAUGGCGACGACCACUCGGAUGCCACCUACAUUCUGCAGAAACUAUUGGUCAUGGCACGAUCAGACUUAUCGCAAAGUGAUCUACUCAUAAAGUUCGCCAAGUCCCGGCCAGAAACUUGGAGAAGACAUCUCGUGGAGGCCCUGUGCAUCAUUGGGGCCCGCAAGGUGCUCCGCAGACUGGGUUUCUGCUGGCAGGAGCUUCGAAUGCACUACUUGCCGCAUAUCGCUGGGAUCACGCUGCAUGUUCAUCCUCUGUUGAAGAGUCUCUACAGGAUGUGUGAGGAGUUGUCGUUGGCGCAGAGUGGUCGCUUGUUCCUAGAUGUUGGCGAAAAGGUGGCGAGCCAGCAGGCAGGAGACCCACUUCGCUUCUACGAUCCCGCGUACCUGGAGAUCUUUUUGCUGGAUUGGCUGACCAAAAGGAGCAUAAAGUUGGGGGACAUAAAUGCCGCAGGCAGCAAUGUUGACUUGCUGGUCGAGCAUUUAAAGUUCAACGAUCUGCAUGCGCAAGCCAAGUUGCUCACAGACACCAUCAUUAGUAACGCUCCGGAGCCAGAUGCGGCUGGCACUGCUGCGAUGGCAAUCAAGCAAGAGAUCGAAUCGGACAACCAGCAGUCGAAGGCUCCUGCUAUAAAACGAAUAGGUGCUCUUAAGUUGACCCGGGAGAACGCAGGAAUCGCCUUGAUUAUCAACCAACAGGAGUUUCACCGGAAUGUUAGCAAGGAUAUUAAGAAACUUCUGUCGCCCGACCCACUGCAUAGACGCGCUGGCACGGAUGUGGAUAAGGAACGACUAAUCGAGGUGUUUUCCUCGAUGGGAUACAAUGUGGAGGCGUACGACAACGUGGAUCACCUGGGCAUCAUAGAGCGCAUUCGCAGUGCGUGCGAGAGAUCGCUCCUGCGCGAUUCCCUAGUGGUCUUCAUCCUGAGCCACGGCUUCGAGGAGGCCGUCUACGGAGCGAACAGCAUCGCCCUGAAGAUCUCGGAUAUCGAGAACAUGCUCUGCAGCUACGGGACCCUGUCCAACAAACCCAAGUUGCUAAUCAUACAAGCCUGCCAGGAGAAGCCUGCCCAGAAAAAGGAGCAAAAUGAGCCCUUUAAUCUAGACGUGACCACCCGGUCGCCGGGCCAGCACAUCAACAUGCUGCGGGCCAUGUCCACGGUGAAUGGAUAUGCUGCUCUGCGCCACACCCAAAAAGGCAGCUGGUUCAUCGGGAGCCUGUGCGAUGCCAUCGAUUCCCAUUCCUCCAGCGAACACAUAGCCGAUAUCCUGACGAUUGUCACCAACGAGGUGUCUAAAAAGCGAGGCAGUAACGACGAGUCCAUGGUGCCGAAUGUUAAAAGCACAUUUCGCCAGCACGUGUACUUCCCACCUCGCCAGUGAUUCUAGUUUUUAACGUGUGCGCAGUUGUACGGCCACUCGAAUUGCUUUAUAAAGAUAAAGAUACAUUUUUUAGUUUAGUUUA